AUGGCGGCCGUGUCCUACGAGGCCCCGGAGCACCUGCCGGACCUGCCGGCGCUCGCGGCGGCGGUCGGGCGGCUGGUCGCCAUCGCGGACGAGGCAGCUCGCGCCGACGCGGUGUCCACUGUCUUCCGGCUGUUGCACGGCGUCCUCUCCGCGCCCGACGACGAGCGCAAGCGGCGGGUGCGGAAGGCGAACCCCGCGUUCCAUCAGAAGUUGGGCCGCCACGCCGCGGGCGUUGAGCUCCUUGGGGCCGUGGGCUUCGAGGAGUGCGACGACACCGACGCCGCGGACGCGGAGCAGCGCAGCGCCUACGUCAAGUGCUACUCCUGCUCGUGCGCUUGGAACUAUAAGACCAACCAGACGUGCUACUGGUGCAGCAAAGCCUUGGCGCCGUGGACAGAUUCCCCGCCUCCAGUUCAAGGUGCCUGGGCGGCCCGCGCCACGGCCGCAGCCCAGGCCGAGUCCAACUGCACCCAGCAGCCCAGCCCCGAGGGUGGAUGGGAACCGUGGUCUUCAUGGCCCAAGUCCCGCCGCCGCCGCGGCAAUGGCAAUGGCAAGAACCAAGAGGACGACUGGUGGGCCAACAAGAACGACACCCCCAAGGCGCGCUCCGCAGAGGACAUCCUUGCGGAGCUCCAGGCGAUCGCCCCCCACAUCGACAAGGCAGCCAUCGACGGCAUCAAGUCGCAGAUUCCGCCGCCCCAGCCGCAGAAGCCAGCUGACCUCAACGACAUCUACAGCCGCGCCCAGGCUACGGAGCGCCGCUGCAAGAACAACCUGGAGAGCGAUGAGCCUCCCGCACCUGCUGCUGGCGCUACUUCUGACGGCAGCUUCGCCGCACAGCCUGUACCAGCGAUCAACAAGGACCCCGACCUCGAAGACAAGGCACAGAAGAUGCUCAGCCAGAUGCGCAAGCCCACUGCGACCGCCGCGGCUGGAGCGCAGCAGCCUCUUUAG